CAAUAUUUAAUUAAAAACGUAUAUAAAUUCAUUCACGACGAUGGAUAGAAAAAUAAUUGAUUCAAUGUUUUAUGGAAAUAUAAAUUACUUUGAUGAAGCGGAUUUAUAAUGGAUUUCGUAGUUAUAUGAAAAAAAUAUGGAUUUCGUUUUUUCUGAAAUAUGUGAAAACACUAAACAGGACAAUUGAUGAAUUGUUGUUAUGAAUAUAUCCUAUACUGCAGAGAUUGCUAAUGCUAUGUUUAGCUCUUUUUAUAGUAAUUUUACAUACUGUAAAAGUAAAUCAAUGAAGUUUUACAAGAAAAAGCUAAAAAAUGGUAACAAUAGUAAUUGGUUCGUUCGAAGUACAUACUAUACAAAAAAAUAGCACAUAUAUUCCAGACAGUUGUGGAUUUAAUAUAAAUAUUGGCACUAACAUAGUACCCAUGAAUAACUACAGUAUACAAAAGCCAAUAAAAAAGGACAAUAUUAAGUGUUUAAAAUCAUGGUAUAUUACAAAAAAAAAGACUUUAGUGUCUACUGAAUUAUUAAAAAUUAGAGGUAAUCUAUAUGAUCAUAAAAACAACACAACUUCUAGAGAAAUACAUGAUGCAGGUUUUAUUAAAAAAAUAAUUAAAAAAAACUUAAUUAAAACAACAAAUGGUAAGUACCAUAUAAUUUCACCACCAGCUGAACCAAAAACUAAAAUAAAUGAAAAGUUUUACACAUUUUGGAUGAUAACCGGAGGAUUUCCCCAAAAAUUUAAUGACUUGUAAGAACUUCAACAAAUUAAUUUUAAUUAAAUAUUAAACAUUAUAUUAUAUACAUA